UCUCGUUCCCAUGAACGCCGUAGGGAAAUUUGUAGAGACGGGUAGUUAAAAUAAAUAGCCUUUUAUAAGUCAUUAUCUUUAGCUAGCAGAAAAAUCUGCGUCCUUCUAUAUUAUAUAUCUUUAGGUUUUUGCGCACACUAUCUAUUAAUAGAUGUAGGUGGAGUGGAGCGUUAAACUUUCUGCCGCUCGACUAGUAAAUUUUGAGUUGACUGGUUCUAUUUGAGAGAUUAGUCCGUGUGUAAGGCAGUUAGGAUGGAUUUUAAAAUGCACGAAUAUACUCACGCCGUGGUAGGACGAGUGACGCCGGCACUGCGCGCCACUGACCGGGCCGACUUAAAUGAUGCGCGGCGCCAACACGAAUGCUACCUGCGUCUCCUUAGCGAGCUGAAUGUGGAAGUGAAAGAAGUCGACCUGCCAGAAUCCUUCCCGCAUAAUGUGUUCAUUGAAGAUGUGGCUGUAGUGUGCCAUGGAAUAGCUUUAAUGCCAAAAGGACUGACCACUGCUGAGCAAGUAAAAGCAAAGGCCGUGAGACAAGUCCUGGAGAAAGAACUGAAUCACACAAUCAUUGAGUUGACAGACCCCGAAGCUAGGAUUGUUGGCUCUGAUGUACUUUUCACAGGCCGUGAAUUCUUCGUGGGCAUUACAGAGGCCAGCAACGAGGCAGGCGCCCUAGCCGUCGCAGAGGCUUUCCCGGAGUUUCCCUGUACCCCGAUUAAGGUAACAAAGGGAGCUCAUCACCUGAAAAAGUACGUGACCGUAGCCGGCCCCGAUAUACUCUGCAUCGGUAAUAGCAAGGAGGCCAAAGAGCUCCUCAAGCGAAUGGAAAGAGAGGCCAACUUUGCUUAUCAAACACUGACGGUGCCUGAGGAUGAUGCCGCUAAUUGCCUCUACGUGAACGGUACGCUCAUUCACAGGGCAAUUGAAGAAAUCCCCGACUCUUUCAAGGUAUUUUGCGAAAGGAUUGACUUCGCUCGAAGAUCCAUCUGUUUCUCCGAAUUGGCCAAAAUCUCCACCGGACUCAGCUCCUGCAGCUUGCUCGUGAGGAAGAUAUAAUCGGCAGCAGCACAGUUACAAGUAAUUUAAAACCAUUUUACCUGAGCAGAGCCGGUUACAUUGUGCAUACCUAGCUAAAAUGUAAUUACUAUUCAAUUUAUCCAUGAUAACCAAGUCCCUGUCUCAAGUUACAAUUUCACAGUGGACCGGUGUAGCUGGUUUACUUGUAAAAUUGUGAUUUAAUAAUUUAUAAAAAAAGUUAUUCGGGAUCAGCCGGAGGAGCACCUCUUACGGUGUACGCUACGCAAGCUACCAAGUGAAAACUAAAAUUUGGUAUAGAGACCGUGCGUGUUGGAGGGUUUGCCAUCUCGUGACCUGAAUCGAAAGCGAAAACAAUUCACGCUUUUAAGCAAGUGCUGCCCCCUACACUUCAAGCUUGCUCUAUUUGGCAUUGUAGGGUCUGCCAUCUAGUGGCUUAAAUCUAAAAAUGGAGACGUCCUAAUGCUUCGCGCCAAUGAAUAGGGGGCUUCUGUGCUGCCGUUUACAGUUCAUACACGCUCCCUAUUGGCACGCAUCACCACACGCAUUUCUAUCCUAAUAUUCCUAAUUCAACUGUGAACUGUGUAAUAUGGGCAAAUGUAUAAUAAAACGUAUAAUUUAUAGUCCCAAUGUAAAGUUCUGCAUAAUUAAAUUUUUUAGUAAAAUCGUUAUUUUAUAAAUACUGUAAAUUAACUGACGACGUUAUUACAACGCUUAUAUCUACCCUUCUCUAAAAAAAUAUUGCAAUGCCAUUUUAAGCUAGGAAAACUAUUGCAAAAUAAACAGGUACUGAACGAUACAUUAGGACUAAAAAAUAUGCGAAAAGGUACACCCCAUUCCAAUAUCUGUCACAAAUAUGAACGCCGUGCUCUGCGUCCAAUAAUAAGUGUUCAAUAUAUUAAUAAUAUCUUUAUAAAAAU